AUGCAACAGUUUGAGAAAGUGAAAGCAAAGUUCUUUUACCAACAAAAGAAAAGAAGACGAGAGAAAAACAAAGUUGCAGCUGCUCGCUGUCGAAACAGAAAGAAGGAAAGAACCGACCUUCUCCAGAAGGAGUCCGAACGGUUGGAGACACUGAACUCGGAGCUGAAGUCUCAGAUCGAGGAGCUGAAAUCUGAGCGGCAGCAGCUGAUCGUGAUGCUCAACCUCCACCGGCCCACCUGCAUCGUCCGCACAGACAGCGUGAAGAGCCCCGAGAGCGACCAGCGAUCCGAGCAGUCCGACUGAACACCACACCACAAACACAGAGCCGAAAGGAGAACAGACACUAUCGGGACGCUAGAUGAAGAUGAAACCGCAGGACGUUUAUUGUUAGUGUCUAAUUCAGCAUGAAGAAAAAAGGGAGGAGAUUUGUGUGGACAGCAAACAAACAUCCCUGAGAUCAUGCGAAAAGCUCACAGACGUUUGACACUUGGUCAUAAAGCUGCAGGUGCGAGUCUCUCAGUUGAUCUGAAUGAAGCGCGUGGUUCCUCCAGCGGCCUGCAGGUGGCGCUGUCUGAUAAACUGCUCUCUGACGCUGGCGUCUCCGUGGACUUAGCCUAUUGUUUACAGUUGCAUUGACAUAGUCUCUUGCAUGAUAUGUUUAUUGUAUGUACAUUUUUAUUGUGCCAUCACAUGAUAUGAUGACUUGUAUGUGUUUUUAUCUUCAGGGUGUCUGUUGAACGGCCACUUUUGUUACCAAAUAAUGUUUCUUUGUUAUGUAAAGCCACAUUGAAAUAAAGCCUAUUUUUCAAAUA